UUUGAAGGCAGAUAACAGCAAAACAUAGACCAUGAGGAUCAAGAGCUUUGGACUCCUUUGUGUGUUGAUGCUGGUCUCCCAGAUGCUGCUAGCCAAUUGUGAAAGACAGAAGGAAAGAAAAAAGGGAAGACAAGGUUUAAAAGGUGGUGGAAAAACCCCAACUGAAUCUACCCAAGGAAUUGAAAAAGGGCGGAAAUCAAAAGGAGGAAAAUCGUCUGCUAGAGGCAAGUUUGAAACCAAAGAAAAUGCUGAGUGCACCUGGGCAGUGACAGACAUGAGUGCUGCUACUGUGCAUGUAGAGUGCAAGCAGGGUGACAGCACAUUCUGGUGUGAAUUCUCUGGAGACCCUUCCAGCUGUGCACAGUAUGCAGCAAACCAGAAAUCCUACUGGAAACAGGUCUCCCGAUCCCUAAAGAAGCAGAGGCAGAUCUGUCAAGACCCCAAAAGCGUACUAAAAUCUAAAGUGUGCCGGAAAGGCCCACAAAGUGCUCACCUCAGGUUGACCCACUCAAGCCUACUAACAGCAGUGGGUCCUGACACAGGGAACACAAAGCAUCACGCACAAGAAGUUGUUCUGUCUCCAGCAGCUGCCUCUGUGUCUGAAAAAUCACUAGAACAGAGUCCUCAGGACUGUGUUGAAGAUGUAGAUUACAUUGACCAGAAAAAAGUGGCUGAGGAAUACUGUCCAGAAAGUUUGCUUUCUUUCUGCAACUUCUUUAUCACAAUGGUCCAAGACAAACGAUGCUGAGGAGGUGUUUCUAAAGCUCUGUAUCGUGAAAGUCCAGUUUCACCUAAGUUACUGCAAACUAUUACAGGUUUUAUUCUUAUGUUAUAUAGUGUAUAUAAGAAAAAAGGAAUAUAUUUUUCUGAUUUUGUAUAUGCACAACAGACUACACUUAACAGAAAUGAAGAUGUUAUAAAUUUCAUUUGCCCAUAGAUUGCUACACAAGUAUCACCAGUGGAUGUUAUGUACUCUAUACAGAAGUGUGUGAGUUGUCUCCUUGGCCCCCUUUGAGCUGUGCUAGCCAAAGUGGUGAAUUCAGUGCUAUGCACUUCUUGGUUAUGUACAAUGCUUUUGACCUAAAAAUUG